CUGACAAUUCCCUCGUCUUUUCCAUACUGCACAAUCUUCGACAACGGAAAGUGGGUUUGUAAUAAAAAUAGACAUUAUUAGGAGGCACAAUAAUACACAGUACCUGUACUAUAGUUUACAAUCGGGAUUUAUACUUUUAUUUAUCAUCAAGCGUCUUUCAUAAAGCAACAAAUGUGGAUGUGGUUACAGAUAUGCCUCCUUUCUUCUAUAUACUACAUUUGUUCGGCUCAACAGAACAAUUUCAAUGGGAGGAUCUUUCCUAAUCCAUUCAUGGUGAGGGUGAUACGAAGAGACCCCCAGCCACCCCCUCCUGCAACGUUAACAAGACCACGUGCUUCUUCCUCGCCAUGUCCGGAUGGAUGUGACCCAGGCUAUGUUUGCUAUGGAGGCGGAUGUCAAAAAAAGGGUGACUCUCUUUGUAGUCCGAUGUGUGAGGAAAACCACACGUGCCAUCACGGCCACUGCCAUUACGAACCCUGCAGGCCUUCAUGUGGAAAUGGGCAAAGAUGCAUCAAUGGCAGAUGCGAAGACAUCCCUUGCAGACCGAGAUGCCCAGCCGGAUUUGUUUGUAACAGGGGAAGUUGCGAUAGAGACAGAGGUGGCCAAUGUACCCCGGCCUGUCCCCCGGGCUACAGAUGUCAUGAUGGUCAUUGUGACGUACUGAAUUCUAAUCCACAUCAUGAAACAUGUGAUAGGCCUUGUCCCCCGCCAUCGCGAUGUGUGGAAGGCCAUUGUACGGGAGAAGCCCUUACAGUCGGUGCGGUAAGUCCGACAGAUGUUCGUUCAGUCAACAACAACAACCCGACAUCACAUCUACCUAAUCAACCAAAUUUCCCAAAUCUACCAAACCUGCCGUUUUUAACACGUGGUCAAAUACCACCAUUUGUCCCUGGUAGUCAACCUGGGCAGUUCUCUCCACUUACUCCGAACGAGCAAACCAAUUCCUUACCAUCAAACGACCCGAAUUCCAGAUGGCUUGUUCGGGACUCUUCGGGAACAAGGUUUCCGCCCUUUAUGAGACCUGCACCCGAAAUAAUAAGACCUGGUGGUGCCACCAACAUCCCGAACAAUCCGAGAGUUCCGGGUUCAUCUGGACAGAUCGAUCCUAAUCCUUUUCCAAAUGCAGCUGAUUUAUUCCCGCCAAUAACGGAAAAUUCCAACUCACUUCCGCCUUUCAGUUUACCAAGAGGUCCAUCAAAUAUAGGUGGCGGAUCAUCCCCCUUGAGUGGCGUUUCUAACUCCGGAACGGGGAUGUCUCUGCCUCCUCUCACUGCAUUAGGGGGUCUAAAUCCCCGAGCGAUGCCCCCGGCACAGGGGCCAGUGCAAGGUAGACCGGGAAACGGAGGAGAACUUCUUAUACCAGACAUAGCCGAGAUUUGCCAGGGUGGCAAUUGUAACGGAGCACCACUCGCUCCUGGUUCUAACGUUGGUCUCAAUAACCAAAGGCCUACCGCCCCUCAGACACAGACACAAAUGGUUGGAAGAGGAGAUAACUGUGGAGAGAUGACAUGUUUUGAGAACGAGUUUUGUUUUGAUCCAAUGACGUCGACCUGCAUCGGAGUGAACACAGGGGAUGCGAGAGCGCCUUGACACCCUUUGUCUGGUUAAAAUGGAUGAAUUUUUACAGGCUGUCUCUGUCUGUUUUGUUUAUUUACAUAUUAUAUAUAAUUUGUUUGUUAUGUUUUAUUGUUCAUUUUAUUUAUUGAAUAAAUCUUAUAUAUAAAGGUA